AUGCCCCACUAUCACUCCUUCAUCCAAAACGACAAGACCACGACUGUGGAGGCCAUGUAUGACACACAGGUGGAUCAGCUGGCAGACAUGAUGUCCACAGUGUUCAUGGUCCACCACGGGACAAACCUGCAGAGCUUCCAGAGCUUGAACGUGUCCCUGAUCGUCCAAUCAGCAGAGCUCGGGCUGCAAGCCUUCUUCAUGCAAGUUGAAGAGUACAUCAAGGGCACCAUAGGCCUCGUCACCAACCUGCCUGAGGAGCUGGCAGGCCUCCCCAAAAACAUCUCAGAUGCGUUCGCGCCUGAGAACCAGCCGGACUACAGCCAGCUUGGAAACACCACCUACCUCAUGAAGCAGUACGAGGAAUUUGUGGCCGGCCUUGAGAGCCCCCUGGCAGUGUCCGGCGGCGGAUCAGUGUUCUCCUACAACCCCUGCUUUGUAAAUUUCGCUCCCGCUGCUGUGUCCGCUGUUGCGACUGGCAUCAACAUUGCCCCCUCUCUGGCAGUCAUCACUCCGGACGGCAUCAAGAUAGCGCCCCAGGGCCUGGUCAUCCAGCCAGUGCUACUCACCAUCUUCCCUGUCGGCGUCAAUGUCCAGCCGCAGGGACUGAACAUUUCACCCACCCUCAUCGCCGUGACCCCUGGCCGCGUGGCAAUCAACCCCCAGGGAGCCAGCAUUAGCUCAGCGCUCAUCGCCGUCACUGCAGAGUCCGGCAGAUAG